GUGCCUGGUGUAAAUUUGCCUGUCAGCCAACUGACCUAUUUCUUCUCUGCAAUCCUCAUCAGUGGUGUGAUACAUGAAGUCGGCCAUGGGGUGGCAGCUAUUCGCGAACAAGUACGAUUUAAUGGAUUUGGGAUUUUUAUCUUCAUUGUCUAUCCUGGAGCAUUUGUUGACCUCUUCACAACCCACUUGCAGCUGAUAUCUCCAGUCCAGCAAUUAAGAAUAUUUUGUGCAGGAGUGUGGCAUAAUUUUGUUCUUGGUGUUGCAAGUUUCAUGGUUCUGUUUCUGCUGCCAGCCAUUCUUUUCCCUUUCUAUUACACGGGUGUUGGGGCACUUGUCACUGAAGUCGCAGAGGAUUCUCCUGCCAAUGGACCAAGAGGUCUUUUUGUGGGAGACCUUGUCACUAACCUACAAGACUGCCCAGUUUAUAGUGUGGAAGACUGGAAUUCCUGUCUGGGAGACAUUUCAGAAAAGUCACAGGUCGGCUACUGUGUAAGUGCAGCCACCCUACAGCAAUUAAGCUUUCCAGCUAGAG